GAAAAAGACGCUAUGACAGGAAGCAAAGUGGCUAUGGGGGCCAGACAAAGCCCAUCUUCCGUAAGAAGGCUAAGACCACAAAGAAGAUUGUGCUGAGGCUGGAGUGCGUGGAGCCCAACUGCAGGUCCAAGAGGAUGCUGGCAAUUAAGAGGUGCAAGCACUUUGAACUGGGAGGAGACAAGAAGAGAAAGGGUCAGGUGAUCCAGUUCUAA